AUGACACCGGAACUUGGAUUGGACUUUAAAUCCAUGCCUAAAAUUGAGCUCCACGCGCAUCUGUCCGGAAGCAUCAGCCGACAAUGUCUGCACGAAAUCUGGGAAAUGAAGAAGGCGGCUAGGAAAACCGAUCUUGAAGACCCGUUACUCGUGAUGCCACCGGGUAGACACGACUAUGACCUUAAAACCUUCUUCCCGUUGUUUUCCUCGUACAUUUACAACCUCAUCGACGAUGUUUCAUCCUUGGAACAUUCCACCAAAUCUGUAAUUAGAGAUUUCGCACACGAUGGAGUUGUGUACCUCGAGCUGAGGACGACACCACGAGCGAUGCCUACCGCUGGUCUAGACAAGGCGGGUUAUGUUGACACUGUGCUGCGAGCGAUUGAAGAUGCGCGGGCGGAUACGCCAACGUUACACACGCGCCUCAUCCUAUCCAUUGAUCGGCGCAAUAGCCUCGACGAAGCAGGCGAGGCUGUCGCGCUGGCGAAACUCUUCCGAGACCGAGGUGUCGUAGCUGUCGAUCUCUGCGGCGAUCCAACCAAGGGGGACGUCUCCCUGUUUACUCCAGUCAUCGAGGAAGCGCGGGCGGCCGGGCUGAAGAUUACGAUACACUUUGCUGAGGCCGAGGCCAGUGCUAGCGAGGCAGAGCUGAACACGAUCAUGAGCUGGAUGCCAGAUCGCCUUGGCCAUGUCAUACACGUCUCGGAGGCUAUUAAGCGACAAAUUGCGGAGCGAGGGGGCAUUGGGCUGGAGUUGUGCCUCAGCUGCAAUGUUCACGCGAAGAUGAUUGUCGGCAGCUUCGAGGCCCAUCACUUCGGGGGUUGGUGGCGUGUCGAUGGCCCUAUCGUCGUUCCGUGUACUGAUGAUGUGGGCAUCUUCGGUAGUCCGUUGUCAAAUGAAUGGAGGCUAAUUCAGCACCAUUUCCGUCUACAGCGAGAAGAAAUUCUAGGGUUAGCUAAAAAAGGUAUUGGCGCCAUAUUCGCGGGAGAUGGCGAGAGGGAAAGGUUAAGGCGGUUAAUGUGGUGA